GAUAGUGUUUAUAUCGAUACAGAGAAUUCAGUCUACUUUUUUUUCACAAGCGAUCUAAUAUUAUUGAAAGUCAUGUUGUGAUGCUUUAUCUAACGCCAAUGCACUUUUUUGUGACUAAAGCACAUCCACACAUGAGGAACAUAAACGUGUCCAAACACUGAAAAACUGGUGAAGCAGCUGAGAUCCACGUAACGUGAAAGAUGGCGUUUAUUAAAGAGGAGAGUGAAGACAUGAAGAUUGAAGAAGUAUUCGGCGUGAAACAAGAAGAUGCUGAGGACCAAACAAAGAUGGCAUUUAUUAAAGAGGAGAGUGAAGACCUGAGGAUUGAAGAAACAUUCAGAGUCAAACAUGAAGAUACUGAGGAACAAAUAAAGAUGGAGUUUAUUAAAGGGGAGAAAGAAGACAUGAUGAUAGAAGAAACAUUCAGAGUCAAACAUGAAGAUACUGAGGAACAAACAGACCUAAUGGCACUGAAAGAGGAGAAUGAAGAACUCAAUGAAACUGAAAAAGAGCAAUAUGAGAAUCUUCAAAAGACAGAAACUAGAAGUUUCCCUCAACAGGGAACCCCUAAAAAUCAGACUGGGGAGAGUUUCUCUCCUAAAGUAAGUCUUGAGGGGCACAUAAAGAUUCACACUGGAGAAAAGCCUUUCAUAUGCCUUCAGUGUGGAAAAUGUUUCACUCUAAAAGAAAACUUCAACAGGCAUGUGAGAUCUCACACUGAAGAGAAGCCGUACGCAUGUCAACAGUGUGGUGUGAGUUUUGCUCAACACGGACACCUUGAAAUCCACAUGAAGUUUCAUACUGGCGAGAGCCCUUUUACUUGCCAACAUUGUGGAAAAUGUUUCGCUUGUAAAUCCAUUCUUGAGAGUCACUUAAGAAUUCACACUGGAGAAAAGCGUUUUGCAUGCCCUCAGUGUGGAAAAUGUUUCAGUCAACGAGGAAACCUUAAAGCCCACAUUCGAAUACACACUAGAAAGAGCGCCUUCAUCUGCCAACAGUGUGGAAAGAGUUUCACUCAUAUAGGAAGUCUUAACGGCCACAUGAGAACUCACACUGGAGAAAAACCUUUCACGUGCCAACAGUGUGGAGACAGUUUUGCCCACAAUGGAAACCUUAAACUCCACAUGAGAAUCCACACUGGAGAAAAGCCUUAUAGUGUGUAAUAAGUUCAACUCAAAUCCUUAACAGGCACAUGGGAAUUCACACUGGAGAGAGCUCAGUUACCUGCGUACAGUGUAGAAAUGUUUCAGCACUUCUACAUUUAAAACUCCAGCAUACAAAAUGUCAGAAUGUUAUUGACCUGAACUGAUUUGAACUAAAUAAUGACAAUGCUGGAUUUUUGGAGUGGCUUUACAACAUAAUCUAAAUGGUCUUCCUAGAGUUUCCAUUAUCAAUUCAGUUAUUUUAUUGUUUAUCUCUGUGAAGCUGCUUUGAUGCAAUCCAUAUUGUGUAAAGUUCUAUAGAAUAAAGGUGGCUUGACAUCAGAGUUGUCACUGUA